GCUUGUCUCGUCGCCACGCCUCGCGAGUGCGCGUCCAGGGCAGCGGCGCCGAAACCCGUCGCGCAGCUGGCAGCUGCGUCUUGAAGGAAACGCCGCCCCCGCACCGAACAAGUGUGCUCCGCCAGCCGACGCUGCCUUUUCUCUUUCACAGAACGACGACGAAUCUGCCGACGCUGCCGCGGCACCCGCUGAAUCAAAGCCAGGAAGGAAUCGCACCGUGAAGCAUCGUUUGUGCCUUGACCUUUCAGAACAUCGAAGCGUCGCUACACUGCUGCCUCUUUCUCUACGUGCCUGCACCACGUGACAAGCUUUUCUUCUUCGCUUCAGAGUGAAGCAGAGAAGAUGACUCCCAGGACGGGCUUCUUCAAGUGCUCUCUCCAGAGAGGCACUCGCUAUUCAGCUGUCAUAACACUGUUCUCGACGAGCCUGCUGUUCGUCACCUACAUGAUCUCGCUGUACCGGCAGCAGGGCUUCCUCGAAUCUAUCAACAGGUCCCUGGGAUUCGACGUGACACCCGCUUCGCCAGUCGUGGAGUUCAUGGCCAUGUUGGGCUUCGGCCUGAUCCUGCUCUUCGAGAUGAUGUCCUCCUGGCUAGCCAUCAAGGCAACCACACUGGAAAGUCGCUGGCUCCUGCUACCCUUCAUAGGCCUCACGACUUGCGGCAUCGUGUCGCCAGCACUCAUGUCGGCAGUUAUCGUGCUCUCCUGCCGCCGCUAUCAGACCGUGCCGUUACCCCUCAACACCCUAAUACCGGUUCUGUUCAUCGUCUUGACUAGGACAUACUUCCUGUUGGUGAGUGUGUCCUACUACCGGGAGCUCCAGGAGCGCGAGACGCGCCAAGAGGAGACCCUGCCAUCAGUGGCGUCCCAGGUGCAGCAGCUGCACAUCGACGACCUGCCAGCGCACAAGCGGCUGCCGCCCUUCCUGCUCGACUACCUGCAGAAGCCGCCUCCAUACGAAGGAUACGACGACGAGGCACGCGUACAGGAAGACGCCAAGAGCGGAAUUGGCAUGCGCCUUUACAUGUGAACGCGCAUGUUUGAAGUGCUUGUAGCGGCAUCUCGUCCUUGCCACAAGGACGAGGAGACAGACGAUGACCUUGUAGGCAAAAUUUUGUACAUAGCUCCAAGGUACAGCGCUUGAUCUCAUCGUAUGGCACGCCCAGAACUGUCUUCGAGCAAACCUGCGUCAAAGCAGACUUAGCAUCAGGAUGGAGAAAAUGUCAAAAACAAGAAAGCUCCGCAACUGAGUGCGAUAUUAUACACCGUGUGUUCCAGUUAACGUUAGCUAAGCUGCUCAAAGAAAAAAGAAAAGAAAGAUUAAAAAAUAACGGUGCUAGGCACGAAUUUAAGACCUAGGAUGUUCAGUCGUCAGAGGUCUGAUUACCGAAUACUGUAAUCUUAAAAUCGUGCACUGUUUAAAGCAAAGCUUUACUAACCGCGUCGAGCCGAGUUUCGUCGUCGCCAGCAAUUUGACCUUCAUUUGAGUGCAGCUGUGCCGUAGCCUUGGUAACGCAUCACGUGACUUGCCGCGCCGAGCUCCGCCGUCGCAGCCGGCUUGGCGCAUGCGCUCUCCGCAGCUGGGUCGCCGCCUGACCACGUGACUCGCCGCGCGCCUGACUGAGAAACGCCGCGCUUGCCUAGUCGGCGCGAGCUCGGCCAUGGAUGAGAGCGAGGCCGGGCCUUCUUCUCUGAGCAUUGCGUGGGACUGGGAAGCUUUGAGCCUGGUGAACUGCUUCACUGGAAAGGGUCCGGAAUGCAGCAGCCGUCGCACCGCCGAGAUAAAUCUAGAGACCGCGUUCGCACCCUGCCCGUUUGUGCUUCGACUGCACCGUGGCUUCGACGCCGCGCGUGUUCGCGGCGUCUCUUUGCAUGUCUAGCAUUUGCGCUUUCCCUGUGGCACAACAGGCGUCGCGCCGUCUAACGAUGCGUGUCUACCCAAGCCUAAUCACAGUCAUGUCUGGCCACCGACCUAGGCUCAGCCGUCAUACCUGGCUUAACGAUGAUUGUAUACCUAAGUAUAUUAAUUGCAGCUAAAUUAAAGGUUAACCAAGUGAAACCAAGACUUAACGAGGCUAAACCAAGCUUUCGCUUUGCAUACCCAGGGUUAGCUGAGCUAAGCCGCAGUCAAUUUAUUUACAUAUUUUUUAAACAGCUUGGUUAACGAUAGUUGGAACAUAUUAUAUAUAGGUGAAGUGCAUAUGUGGGCUCAUAAGUACAUUUCGUUCGGUAAAGAUGGUGCCCUGUGGAAAGUAGCAGCAAAAGAGAGCACCCGGGAGAAGUUCGUAAUUUGAAAAACCCUCCUGCAGUACUUUGCUUGACAUCGUCAAACUAUGGUAAUUCCUGUCACCGCAGCUACAAUAUGCACUGCGUACAAGUGCAGAACGCGGAACAGAACACUAUAUUUACGUGCAUACGUGUUUUUGCCCGCAUGAAUUUGGUUCAGGUUUGCUCGAAGAAUUUUGGGUUCGCACAGACGCAUCUGGCUGUGUUUAUCGCCUGACUCAAUUGAGCACUGACGACAGCACAAUUCGUCAUUUACGCGUUUUGUCUUCUUGUAUGUCUUCCUAUAUAUAUGUGGUAUAAACUUUUUUAAAACAGGGUUGAAGUACCUCAGACAGGCUGGCCAACGUUUCGAUAGGUGGAC